CCCUUAAAGACUAGGAAUAGUGAAAAAGGUGGAAUCUUGCUCUUUAUUAAGCACCAGAGCCAGCCAAUUAUUUGAGUUAUCUCACCAUAUAUCCAAAGCUGAGAAUUUUCCUGUUAGUCUUUAGCAAUAUUCUUUAACAAUGUCUCAUGCUUCAUCUUCCAAAGUUUGCAAGUAUGGUGCUUUUUUGAGUUUUAGAGGUCCAGAUACCCGUAAGAACUUUGUGAGUCAUCUCUAUAAUGCUUUAGAACAAAGAGGAAUUGAUGCUUUUAAAGAUGAUGAGCGGUUAGAAACGGAAAAAUCUAUUUCUAAUGAACUACUGAAAGCCAUAGAAGAGUCCAGAUUUUCCAUUGUGAUAUUUUCAAAAAGCUAUGCAUCCUCAAGAUGGUGCUUAGAGGAGCUUGCUCACAUCAUAAAGUGCCGAAAUGAAUUGGAUCAGAUUGUGAUUCCAAUUUUUUAUGAUGUGAGUCCAUAUGAUGUAAGCCAUCAAAAUUCACCAUUCGCUGAGUCGUUUUCCCAACACGAGGAAAAACACAAAGAUGAUUUGGAGAAGGUUCAAAGAUGGAGAGAAGCAUGUAAGCAAGCUGGGAAAAUAUCAGGGUACCAUUUACAAGUGCAAGUAAGAUUUCUUUCUUUUGUUUUUUCUGUUCUGUUUGUUUUUCUUGACCUCUUCUUUAUUUUGUACCAUAUCCUUUUUUCUUCUUCUUAUUUAAAUCCGAUGACGUUUGUUCCGUUGGAAUAUGGGGAAUGGGCGGUAUUGGGAAGACAAAAAUUGCAAGUGUUAUAUAUGAGAGAUCAUCAAUUUGAAGCUUAUUGUUUUCUUGAUGAUGUUGGAGAAAUGUGCCGAAAAAAGGGACUUAAGUGGCUACAGAAAACUCUUAUCUGCAAGUUAUUUGGAAAAAAGAUGAAUGUAACUAGUGAAUGUGAUGGAACCAUAAUUAUAAAGAAUGGGCUUCGCUGGAAGAAAGUUUUGCUCAUUCUUGACAAUGUAGACCAUCUAUGUCAACUAGAGUUUAUAGUUGGAGGGACAGAGUGGUUUGGCAGGGGUAGUAGAAUUUUGAUUACUACAAGAGACAAGCACCUGAUAACCACUCAUGUGAAGGAGGAUAAAGUAUAUGAAGUCCUACUAUUAUCUGAGACUGAAGCUCUUGAACUGUUUUGCAUGCAUGCUUUCAAAAGAAAAUCUCCAGAGAGAGAUUUUGCGGAACUUUCAAGUGAAGUGGUGAAGUAUGCUGAUGGACUCCCUUUAGCUCUUAAAGUUUUGGGUUCUUCUGUUUAUGGACGAAACAAAGAGCAUUGUAGACAAAUAAUUGAUAGAUUGAAGAAGAUCCCUAAUGAUGACAUUCUAGGAAAACUUAAGAUUGGUCUUGAUGGGUUGAAUAAAGAUGAGAUGAGAAUAUUCCUAGAUAUCGCAUGCUUGUACAAUCAUAGAUCAAGAGAUGAUGUGGAACGAAUACUUAAGAGUUGUAGUAUUGACUUAAUAGGAAUAAAUUACCUCAUCGAAAAAUCUCUCUUAUCCAUCAGAGGUGGCUACAGGUUUGAGAUGCAUAAUUUGAUAAGAGGAAUGGGUGAAAAUGUGUCAAGGGAAGAGUAUGCAAACAGCAGAAUAUGGCUUUCUGAGGAGGUUCAUGACCUUUUUACUGGAAAGUUGAAACCAAAAAAGGUGGAAAGCCUAUGUAUCCCAAAAGGUUACCGUUUUGAAGAUGAUCAUGUAAAUCAUAGCAAGGUAUUCAAGAGGAUGCAAAACUUACAGGUAUUGAUACUUGGUCAUGAAACUAUUUGCUCGGAUAGCGCUAUCACUUAUCUUCCUUCUAGCCUGCGGUGUCUGGAAUGGCCGAACUAUCCGUCAAGUUCAUUACCGGAGGGGUUUGAACCAUCACAUCUCGUCAGCCUUAGAUUAUUUAGAGGUCGGGUUGUCGAACUUUGGUCAAUAUCAAAGAAAUUGAGCAACUUGAAGCAUUUGGAGCUAAGCGAGAGCCUUGGGUUAACAAAAACCCCUAAUUUUGGUGAUAUGCCAAACUUGGACACACUAAUUUUACAGGGGUGUAACAAUUUGGAAGAGGUUCAUCCCUCUCUUGGACAUUGCAGAAUGCUUACAAAAUUGUAUUUGAUAAAUUGUGGCAAACUUAAGAAUCUUCCAAAAUUGGAAUUGAGCAACUUGAAGCAUUUGAUUCUAAGCCAGUGCGGUAGAUUAACAGAAACCCCUAAUUUUGGUGAUAAGCCAAACUUGGAGACACUAAUUUUACAGGGGUGUAAGAAUUUGGAAGAGGUUCAUCCCUCUCUUGGACAUUGCAGAAUGCUUACAAAAUUGUAUUUGACAAAUUGUGGCAAACUUAAGAAGUUUCCAAAAUUGGGAUUGAGCAACUUGAAGCAUUUCAUUCUAAGCAGGUGCGGUAGGUUAACAGAAACCCCUAAUUUUGGUGAUAAGCCAAACUUGGAGACACUAUAUAUAUUUGAGAGUGAGAAUUUGGAAGAGGUCCAUCCAUCUCUUGGACAUUGCAGAAUGCUUAAUUUUUUGCAUUUGUGGGGUUGUGAAAAACUUAAGAAGCUUCCAAAUUUUGUUACCAUGGAAUCUCUUGAGACUCUCCACCUCUUCAGAUGCACAAGUUUAGAAGAAUUUCCAAAAAUCUGUGGAGAUAUGCGGCGGUUAUCAACACUCUGUGUAGAAUCCCCCUGGAUAAGAAGCCUACCCCCAUCUCUCAGCAACCUUGGACAUUUGGAAUUGAAAAAUUGUAAAGUUAUUGGAAGUAUUCCGGACACUAUCCGAAAUCUUAAAUAUCUCUCGAUUGAAGGUUGCAGUAAACUUGCAACGCUGCCAAACAGCCUCUUUGAAUCAGGUCAAUUGGAAGAGAUUCAUAUAAACAAAUGUUCUGAAUUGGAAGAGCUCCCCAUAUCUCUUGGAGUUCAAAAGAAGCUUGUUGAGUUAGUCUUAAAAGGAUGUGAGAACUUAAAGAAGCUUCCAAGCUCUAUUCAGGCGGAAUCCCCUAGAGAACUCGAGAUAUCUAAUUGCCCAAAAUUAGAUACAUUUCCAGAAAUCAACGGAGAUAUGCAUAGCUUAAAAGAACUGACCAUAAAAUCUACUGGGAUAAGAGAACUGCCUUCAUCCAUUGGGAAUCUGAGUGGCCUCACUGAGCUCUAUUUAAAAGGUUGUGAAGAUCUUGUAAGUCUACCAAACAGCCUCUGUAAUUUGAAGAAUCUUCGAAGUCUUAUCCUCUUGGGAUGCAGAAAGCUAGAGAAGCUUCCCGAAAAAAUGGGUGAUCUGCAAGCAUUACGGACACUUGAUGCAAGCGAAACUGCAAUCAACCAACCACCUCCCUCCAUUACCAGUCUUGGCAACCUGACGAAGUUAUGUUUCUCACAUCAACAACAAGUUCAACACUCCUCGAGUUUCGUCUUGCAUCAAGUAUCAGGUUUAUCCUCCUUGAUAGAACUUGAUCUUAGUAAUCGCAACAUAUUGGGUGGACUUCCUGAGGAUUUAGGAUCUUUGCAAUCUUUGGAAUGCUUAGAUGUUAGCGGAAGCAAUAUUUCUUGUUUACCCAAAAGCAUCAAAGAACUCUCACAGCUUAAAACCCUGGACGUGCAAUUCUGUCAGAAUCUUAAUGAACUGCCAGGAGAGCUACCCCCAAAUUUAAAGGCGCUACGUGCAGAUUAUCUUUUAGACUCGAAGAGCAUCAGAGAUCUAAUAAAUCAGUGUCUUAAGUUGUGUUAUCUCCAGAUAUCAUGGGGUGGUUAUGAAAAUUCCGAAUGCCAAGUUAAUGUGUUGAAGUCCCUACAACAUUUAACUAGGACAUGCAUCCAGUACUGUGACUUCCACCAAAGGGAUUAUUUUAGCAUUUUUUUUCCCGAAGUCAGAAUUCCAGAGUCGUUCCGUUAUGAGCUAACAAAUCAAGAGAAGAUCUCUAUUAAUCUGAUCCCAUCUUCGUAUACCGAUAAAUUCACGGGAAAUGAAGUAUGUUCGGGAAUUCGCCUGAGUAUGGCGAAGGAAGCAGUGAAUAACGCAAAAUCACGAGCUCUUUCCGAUUCGGCAAAAAGAUACUACAGUAAAACUGAAAUUGGCUGCUCUAUGAUACUUGAGCAACCAGAGCCAUCACUCGCUUCUAGUUCGCAGGCGUCUGCUGACCAUGAUAUUGCCAUAGAUAGGGGACUAUAUUUAGAGUAUGAGAAUAAAGCUCUAGAGGUGGAUCAAGCAGGAGUGGCAGUGCAAAAUGAAUCUGAACCUCAGAAUGUUGAGCUGAUUAGAGAACUAGGAAGCAUCUAUCCAAUCAGACAUUCAAAACAAAGAAGACAUAAUGAUCAAAGUCAAAUGCCAGGAGCUAUGUAA